AUGCUAUCGAAAUUUAAGAUAAGGUCUGUUGGCGAAAACAGUUUUUCAUCCCGAUUUAAAGUAUACCCUCGCACCAAUUCAGAGCCAACCCAAGUGCCAUUAAUUGAAGUUUAUGAAGCUGAAGUAAGGAGACUUCGCGCAGAAAACAACUUUUUAAAAACACAGUACAACUCCAUGUUCGUUCAGCUCAAUACUGCUCAUAACCAGCUUCAACAAGCCAACGCACAGAUAAGUCAUCUACAACAGAAAAUGGCACCCUUUUACAGUACGAAGAAAGACUUCUGGCAGUUGGGAAGGUCUGGCAGAAACAAAAAGAAAAGAAGAUUGAGACAACUUGUCCUCGAAUCAGUUAAGGGACUAGAAGAGUUUGUGCCCCUCGAGGUAAGUUCUCCUUCUCUUAUGAGACAACUUUGA